AUGGGAAGAAGGAUUCUAGGGAAUGAGACAGAUCGACUUGCUUUGCUCAACUUCAAAAGCCAUAUUGAUGAUCCUUACAGAGUUCUAAGCUCUUGGAAUGAUUCCAUCCAUUUUUGCAACUGGGCAGGGGUCAAAUGUGGCCGCCGUCAUUAUCAACGAGUUAUCGGCUUGGAGUUAAUUGAUAAUGGCUUGGGAGGAAACAUAUCUCCUCACAUUGGGAAUCUCAGUUUUCUGCAAUUUAUUGACAUUUCAAACAAUAGAUUCAAUGGCGAAAUCCCCAAAGAGAUCGGCAAUCUGUUUCGACUACAAAGCAUUGUUUUUGAGAACAACACCUUCCAAGGAGAACUUCCAACCAGCUUAGCCAAUUGCACUUGCCUAAGAGAAAUCGAUUUCACACAGAACAAUCUUGUUGGGAAAAUUCCGAUUGAACUUACUUCUUUGUCAAAGCUGGAGAUAAUUGAUAUUGAAGUUAAUGGCUUAAUAGGAGAUAUACCUGCUUCUUUGGGUAACAUUUCCUCCCUCCAAGUUAUUUUCUUUAAUACAAAUGAUCUACAGGGGAGGAUUCCAGAAUCUCUUGGUCAACUAACAAACUUAUACUUUCUAUCAUUUGCUGUAAACAAGCUAUCUGGUAUGUUCCCUCUCUCACUGUACAAUAUCUCAUCUCUUAAUGCUAUUGUUCUCCCUCAAAACCAAUUGGAGGGGAACCUUCCACGAGAUAUAGGUCUCACUCUUCCAUAUCUUCAAUAUCUAGCAUUUGGGAAAAACCUUUUCUCAGGGAACAUUCCUAGUUCCAUUUCAAAUAUUUCAACACUUGAAAUAUUUGAUCUUGAUGGUAACAAUUUCUUUGGACGAGUCCCUAACAAUUUGGGAAAUCUUCAAAACCUGAAGGUAUUCGAUAUUGGUAAAAAUCUAUGUGGAAUUGGGGAAGCUGAUGAUUUGGAUUUUGUAAAUUCUUUGGUCAAUUGUACAAAUAUAAGGCACUUGGAUCUACCCCAUAAUCGUUUCGAGGGUCGCCUUCCCAACUUUAAAGCCAAUCUGUCAACACAACUUUCAGUACUUUUGUUACAAGGGAAUCAAAUAUCUGGAACCAUCCCUGCUGGAAUUGUGAAUCUUGUCAACUUAACCUUAUUAGAUUCAGAGCUGAACUUUCUUGAAGGUAUUAUUCCAUCUGGUAUAGGUAAACUUCCCAAGCUUCAAAGAUUGUUUUUGGGGGGAAACAAACUUUCAGGACAUAUACCAUCCUCUAUAGGAAAUCUCACUCUUUUGUAUGAACUCCAUUUAGAAGCCAACAACUUCAAUGCAAGCAUUCCUUCCAGUCUUGGAAAUUGUAAACAUUUACAGUACCUAACCCUUGAUCACAAUAAGCUACAGGGCCCAAUACCCAAACAACUUUUUCAUAUUUCAUCAUUAUCAAUAUCUCUUGACUUAUCUUAUAAUUCUCUAGUCGGAUCCAUACCAAUUGAAAUUGGCAACUUGAAGAGUCUUUCUACAUUAGAUAUCUCAAAAAACAGGCUGUCUGGAGAAAUCCCCUCCUCUAUUGGUGGUUGUAAUAGUUUGGAACAUCUUUAUUUAGGUGGUAAUUUCCUUGAAGGAACCAUUCCACAAUCUUUGAUUCUUUUGAAGGGGCUUCAAGAUCUAGAUCUUUCCAACAACAACUUAUCAAGUCAAAUCCCGAAAGAUCUAGAAAACCUUUUAGGUUUACGGAGUUUGAAUUUAUCUUUCAACAAUCUUGAGGGGGAGGUGCCAACAAAAGGAAUUUUUGGAAACAAGAGUACAAUUUUAGUGAAUGGAAAUAACAAGCUUUGUGGGGGAAUUGCAGAGUUACAAUUACCUGCAUGCACUACAAAACGAGAAAAGUCCCACGCUUUCAAAAGAGUUUUGGCAAUAAUCAGUGUGGUUCUUGGUCUUCUUUUCAUAUCUACCUUUUUUACUCUUUAUUGGAUAAGAAAAUCAAAAAGAAAGACUCCAGCCACAUCAUUAAUUGGUGACCUGUUCUUUAAGCAGAUUUCUUACAAAGAGCUCUUUCUAGCUACAGAAGGAUUUUCUUCAGCUAAUUUCCUAGGUUCUGGUAGUUUUAGCUCUGUAUAUAAAGGGAUCGUCAAUGAAGAUGAAACAAUUGUUGCGGUCAAGGUACUCAACCUUCAAAAUUCAAGAGCUUACAAGAGCUUUAUGGCUGAAUGCAAAGCAUUAAGAAAUAUUCGGCAUAGAAAUCUUGUCAAGAUUUUAACUUCUUGUUCAAGUCUUGAUUCAAAAGGAAAAGAUUUCAAAGCCCUUGUUUAUGAGUUCAUGCCCAAUGGGAGUCUAGAUGUUUGGUUGCAUUUUUCGGUGGAGGCACAUAAUCAUUCAAGGAAUUUAAGUCUUCUUCAAAGAUUAAACAUUGCAAUUGAUGUGGCUUCUGCAUUGGAUUAUCUUCAUUAUCACUGCUACGUGCCGAUUGUUCAUUGUGACUUGAAACCAAGCAAUGUUCUACUUGAUAGUGAUAUGACUGCCCAUGUCAGCGAUUUUGGUUUGGCAAGACUACUUUUAGAACUUGACGACAAUUCAUCUCAAACUCAAACUAGUACCAUUGGGAUAAAAGGAUCUAUUGGCUAUGCUGCUCCAGAAUAUGGCAUGGGUGGAAAGGCAACAAUACAAGGGGAUGUGUUUAGCUACGGGAUCCUUUUAUUGGAGAUGUUCACAGGAAAACGUCCAACAGAUAAAAUGUUUACUGAUGGCUUAAAUCUCCACAACUUUGCAAAGGCAGCUUUAUCUUUAGACAUGAUGCAAAUUUUAGAUCCAACACUUCUACCCAAUGAAGAACAUGGUGAAGAAAUUGAAGAGGAAGCUAUCAACCAAGCUGAAGGUCCUAGUCGUAGGAUAGACAAAUGGCAAGAUUGCAUAAUGUCAAUCAUUGAAAUUGCACUUCAAUGCUCUAUGGAAUCACCAAGAGAACGCAUGCACAUGAAUGAUGUUGUAAAGGAACUGCAUUCAAUCAAGGGAAAAUUUCUUGGUUCAAGAACCUAUCAUUAUUGA